AUGUCGGUGCAGUCCGUGUACGAGCGGGCCACGACUGCCGUCAAAGAGGACGAAGCAUUUGCCAUGUUCAACCUCUACAUCAAGAAGGCCGCUGAAAUCUACGGAAUACCUCGGAGGCGCACGAUCUACGAGAAAGCCAUCGAAGCACUGUCGGAAGCCCAAUCCCGCCAAAUGUGUAUGCUAUUUGCCGAGAUGGAGACGAAACUCGGAGAAAUCGAUCGAGCUCAAGCGAUCUACGCUCACUACAGUCAGAUGUGUGAUCCGCGAAUCACCGCCGAAUUUUGGCAGACGUGGAAGGAGUUUGAAAUUCGUCACGGAAAUGAAGACACGAUGCGGGAAAUGCUACGAAUCAAGCGAUCGAUUCAGGCUACCUACAACACGCAGAUCAACAUGAUGUCGGCCACGUUGAUCAAUUCGGCCGUCACCGGAGCCGGUUCGGAGCCGAAGAAUACCAUGCGAGCGCUGGAGGUGAAGGCGGCGGAAACCAGUGCAAGGGCCAUUGCCGCCGUCAGGGCCAGUGGUGGAAACAUUAUGUUCGUCCGAGGCGAGACCCAGGGUGGAUCGAAGAAAGGGGAUAAGGUGCUCAAUCCGGAUGAAAUCGAUAUCGAUGAGGGUGAAGAGAAGGAAGAUGAAGCGGAAGGUGAGGAAGGCGCAGAUGAGGACGAGGUCAGCAAGAAGAUGCCCGUGGAGAAACAGGUCAUUCCGGCGAAGCUGUUUGGAAGUUUGCGACGGGAGAAACAGGAGGAGGAGGAGGACGAAUAG